UCAUCACAGGCCACAGAAAGUCUCGUCAAGCGUCUAGCUGGUCCGUCCACCAGCAAAGCAGGACUUGUCGCAGACCAAACCGAAAUCAACCGCGUUAUCACUGAAGCCUCGAAAGGUUCCAAAUUUUACGAGGCAUGACAAGUUCUUUCUUCUCUUCUCCCGUGAAACUCUAUCAAUAUCACCUCCCAGAAUGAAAAACGAAAAGAUCAGGACCUUACGAACAGGAUUAAUAAGAUAUUGAAGAUGCGCGAUGAGGUGACUAAAGGGGUGGACAUGCAAAAAGUUGAGUCGAGCGUCGACAGCCUGCUUCAAGAGGUGGAACAGCGGCGAGACUUGAGUCAAACCAUUGUUCAUGUUGAUAUGGAUGCAUUUUACGCAAACGUAGAGCUUCUCCACAAUCCGGAGCUCAGAGGAAAACCUUUUGGUGUAGGUCAUGGUGUUCUUACUACAGCGUCAUACGAGGCUCGGAGAUAUGGAGUCCGCUCGGGUAUGCCAGGCUUCAUUGCGAAAAAACUCUGUCCUGAACUCAUUCUUGUCAAGAUUAACUUCACAAGAUAUAACGAGAUGUCCCGGAAAGUUAUGGACAUUUUCGAGCGAUAUGACCCCAACAUGUGUGCUGCGGGGUGUGAUGAAGGGUACUUGAACAUAACGUCCUAUUGCAAAGAACACGAUAUCACUUCAGACGAUUGCGUCCAAGAGAUGCGUAAAGAGGUAUUCAAAGAAACCAACUUGACUGUUAGCGCCGGCAUAGCACCUAAUAAGCUGAUUGUGUGUCCGUACCAGAAUAAGCCUAAUGGUCAAUUCCACCUGCCCUUUGACAGCCAAGAAAUCGUCGCCUUCAUGCAUGACUUGUCAAUUCGCAAGGUCCCUGGCAUUGGGCGCGUCAACGAACGAUUGCUAGAAUCUGUGGGCAUAAAGACGUGUGGUGACAUCUACACUCACCGAGCAAUGCUGUCCUUGAUGGACAAACAUUUCGGAUUGCGCUUUCUCCUUUGCACCCACCUCGGCAUCGCGUCAAAUAAUGUUCAGCCACAUCAGAGGGAAGAACGAAAAAGUAUAGGUGCAGAACGUACUUUCGAUCCCUUAGACGACAAAGAGAGAAUUUUCCAAAAGCUCCAAGAGGUUGCCCAGGAACUGGAAGAUGACAUGAAUAGCGAUGGAUGGACGGGCCGGACGAUCACCUUGAAGUUCAAGCUCGAUACGUAUCAAGUAUUCACUCGUGCCAGGUCGUCUGAUCGCUGGAUAAUGAAGAAGGAGGAGUUGUUUAAGAUAGGCAAGGAACUGCUGCUGCCCGAGUUUCCGUUGAAACUCAGACUGAUCGGCCUACGAGUGACGAAAUUGAAAGAUUUACGCGCAGUCUCGGACACGACCGUUGGUAUCAAACGGUUUUUCGAGUCUGUUGGAAGCGACCAAUCUACUUCUAACAAACGACUCAAGACUGACAGUGACGAUGCCCGGUCCCCAGACUCACUGAAAGAUCAAGACCAGUGGGACGAUGAAAUGCCUGGAUAUCAUGAGCUUGACGACACCGACAUGAACGCCAAUGAAGGAGACGUCGAUGAGAACGUGGAGCCGCUCUUCCGUUCUUGGCGGCCCGUCUCCGAACCUGCGCGGUCUUCACAAGAGCCGGUUCGAAUAUCGAUUAAACCUCGAAGCACUAUAGCGCGCCCGAGUUUAUCGUCGUCCACAGCGACGCUUUCUCAGGACUGUCCGGUUUGCGGCAAGUCCUUGACGACGGAUAACAAAGGGUUUAACGACCACAUUGAUUUCUGUCUGAGCCGAGAUAUCAUUUCACAGGUGCAGGCUGAGGCAAGCAUUGGUACUUCUUCCAUACCGAAACCGAAGCUCAACGGAAAGCGGAAAAGGUAAAGAUAUGCUAUGUACCUCUAUCUAUCGCACACGGUUGUACAAUAUACUAUCACAAUUUACCUCUAUGUGCCUUGAAAGAAGCUUG